AUGUCGCCAUUAAAAGAUUAUCUAGUCAUGGCCGUCAAGGCAUCUUAUGAGAGGUUUGGUUUCAUAAUGGUGAGAUAUCGGGAGCGAAAAACUAAUCGAGGUAAAACACCUGUUGAAGUGAUGAGAACAGCAGUUGAUGAAGUUCUGAAAAAGAACAGAGCUAUCAAUGCUGUUGCACGUGAAACUGGAAUUGACCGAAUGACAUUGAAGCGAUAUGUUCGGAAGAGUAGUCUCAGUCCAAGUGUAGGUUUGAUACCGAAUUGGAAUACAAGGCAGGUAUUCAAUUUAGAACAAGAAGAGAUGCUUGCAAAGUAUUUGCUGCAAGCAUCUAAGAUGAACUAUGGACUAUCCACCAAAACAACUCGCCAGUUCGCAUAUGAUAUGGCCGUUGCGAAUAAUAUAACAUGCCCAUCUUCAUGGUCAAUGAAAAAAACUGCUGGUAUUGAUUGGCUCCAGGGUUUUAUGAAAAGAAGACCCGAGUUGUCACUACGUGCAGCUGAAGCGACUAGUCUGGCAAGAGCAACAGCAUUCAAUAAAUAUAAUGUCAGUGAAUUAAAUAUUUUAAAAAUUCUUGUCUGA